UCGAUAAAAGGAGCUAGAGAGAGCUCCGAACUUUGGGAUGGCGAGCCUACUCGUCAGUGUCGUGGCGGCCUUGUAACCUGCAUCCCCCCACAGUGUAAUAAGUAUCUUAAACUGUGACCGCCCGGUCUGCAGCGCGCGGUGGUGGCCAAGAGUGAGCGAGAAGAGCCGUUGUCUCUGAUUGCGCGUUCGCCGCUCGCGCGCGACGCCGCGGCGACAGCUCCCCGCCAGUAGCGACCACUCUCGCCCGCCAGUAGCGAACGAUGCUCCGCCGAAGUAGCCAGCCCUCCACAUGGGGCUACCUCGCGCCGCUCCAAGAUGGACUUCCGUCCUUCGUUCCUGAAACCUGUCAUGCUAUUUACGAGGUUCUGAAGAGAAAUUAUUUAAAGGUAAGUGAAAUACAUGUUAUUAAUAAUAAUUAUCUAUUUAUUAAAGAUUUUCAUGUAUCACUGAAAUUUGUAACAUAUGAAGUGCCAAAAACUGAACAUGAUUGGAUGACAGUAGCCCAAGAUUUAGAAAAGAGGUGGAAUUUCCCUCAUUGCCUGGGAUGCCUAGAUGGAAAACAUAUCGAAAUAAUUCCUCCUGGAAAGCUGAAGCUGGGCGACUCGUCUGUGGGGUGUGGGCGUAGCUGCCCGCUGCGCAUUGAGGCGUCUGCCCUCGGCGUGGAGGAGAGCACUGCGCCGCGUGUCUUCUUCCGGGUGCUGCGCGCGGCCACCUCGGGCCGCGUGGCGCUGCGCGGCGAGGCCAGCGGCGUCUCCGUGGACCGGCGCAAGCUCAGCCGCGGCAAGGAGGAGACCCUGCACCACGGCGCGAAGAUCGGCCUGGGCGUCGGCGGCGUAAAAUACGUGUUCAUCGACCGAGUGGCCAGCGAAUCUUUCAGGGCUCCGGCUGACUUGAUAGAAAAAUACUUGGUUGGUGCACGCCUCGGUGAAGGAGGCUUUGGACAAGUGUACCUCCUCUUCGAUAAAAAAUCGAACAACCAGAAGCGCCUCGCCAUGAAGGUUGUGGAGUUAUCGGACGAGCACGAGCGUAUAUUCGCGCAGAGAGAAGCCGAAAUCUUGAAAUCAGUAAAGCACCCGUGCGUGGUGAAGACGUAUUCCGUGAAGCGUUUGGGCCAGCAGCAGUUCCUGGUCAUGGAGUUUCUGGCCGGCGGAGACCUCUCGUGCUACGUAAACGAACGCCGGCCGCUGAGCGAAGCGCAGAGCAAGCUGCUGUUCUUCCAGCUGGCGCUUGCCAUGCGCUACCUGCACGAGAAGAGUAUCUGCCACCGAGACCUCAAGCCCGCGAACAUCCUACUGCAGCGGCGGGACCCUGACACCCUCAUCAAGGUGACGGACUUCGGGCUGGCGAAGGACGAGUACGCCCACUCGGCGCUCACCACCGUCGCUGGCACGGAGCUGUACCUCGCGCCGGAGGUGAUGACGGAGCGCUCCUACACAAAGCAAGUAGACGUGUGGAGCAUGGGCGUCAUGCUUUUCUACAGCCUCACCGGCGCCUUGCCCUUCCACGGCAUGUCGGAGGCUCUGCGGGUGCACCAUCAGGUGCUGUACCAAGCCGAGCGCUGGUCCGGCGUGUCGGUGGUGGCGUUAGAGUUGGUGCAGCGCAUGCUGCGAGUGUCGGCGACGCAGCGGCCCACCAUGGGGCAGGUGGUGGACAGCUCCUGGAUGCGGGAUAACGCCAUGCGCCAGAGGGUGGCCUCUUUGACUGGCCUGAACGACUUCCUGCCGCCGACCAUUGCGACCUCCAGCUCCGCCGUCCCCGCCCCCGUCGCCGCAGCAGCGGCCAAGCGCCGCCCCAACGGGCCCCGCGGAGUGCUCGAGUACUACCCUCGCCCGGCGACUACUCCGGCGGAGAGCCCGCCGCUCGCAAAAGGAGCCGCCCGAGCCGCAGGAGGCGCCGCCGCGCGAAAGGCGGCCGUGCCGCGCAAGGCCCUCGCCCUCGCCCCCUCGCCCACGCCCACGCCCACGCCUGCGCCGGCGCCGGCGCUGCGCAACCCUGUCAACGUUCGGCCGUUGCCGCCACUGCGCUCGCCCGUCGCCGUUGUGGCUGCCGCCGCGGCCGCUGCCGCCACGCGCAGCCCCGCCCCGCACCCUGCCAACGGCCUCCCAGCAGUGCUUUUUUUCCACAUUGAAAGUUAUUGCUUUGUGUUCUUUCUGACACACCAUGAUGCAGGAAACAUGCAAGAAGGUUACUUGCAUCAAGUGACUAAAAUGUCAGCAAAGGCACUUGCGCUCGGACAGCUGGCCAGCGAAGAACAAUAUUGUAAUUGUGAAAAUCCAAUUGUUUUCAAUACUUUAACUUUCAGCACGUCAAAGCAUAUAUUGUUUCUUAUGUAA